GAUUGUAUACAACAUGGACAGUAUAGAGACGGGGAGAAAGAGGUAAUCGCAACCGCCUCCCUUGCGGUGCAUUGUGGGAAGUAUAGAAUUCCCACUCCACCCCUCCCACGCUCACAUCGGCCAUAGAGUUUUCAGAAGAGAGUGCUGUCUUUAACUACAGAAGAACAAGGAUUUCUUUGGGUUAUUCUGGAGUGAAAUUUGUUACCCAACAAGAGAAGUAAACCCUUUUAAAAGAUAGGCAGUUAUAGUAGAAUUCUGAAACAAACGACUGGAUUAGCUUCAUUGGCUUUCCUGCUUCUUUUGCAUCCUAAAGCAUAAACUUAAAUCGUCUCAGAAGGACAAGGUCCGCCAGUUUAUGGCAGUUACCCAGGCUGGUGAAAGGACUGCUAUAUACUGUUUAAUGCAGAAUGAGUGGAAACUAGAAGUGGCAACAGACAACUACUUCCAGAACCCAGACUUGUACUACAAAGAAUCCAUGAAAAUUUCAAUAGACAGAAAGAAGUUAGAACAAUUGUAUAACAGGUACAAAGACCCGCAAGAUGAGAAUAAAAUUGGCAUUGAUGGGAUUCAACAGUUUUGUGAUGAUUUAAGCUUGGACCCUGCUAGUAUCAGUGUUUUGGUCAUAGCAUGGAAAUUUAGGGCAGCCACGCAGUGUGAAUUCAGCAAAAAAGAAUUUGUAGAUGGCAUGACAGAACUGGGGUGUGAUACUACGGACAAGCUAAAAACUCUUUUGCCAAGACUGGAACAAGAAUUAAAGGAUCCAAUGAAGUUUAAAGAUUUUUAUCAGUUUACCUUUAACUUUGCUAAGAACCCUGGACAAAAAGGUUUAGAUCUAGAAAUGGCAAUCGCAUAUUGGAAUUUAGUUUUAUCAGGGAGAUUUAAAUUUCUAGAUCUUUGGAAUAAAUUUUUAUUGGAGCAUCAUAAAAGAUCAAUCCCCAAAGAUACUUGGAAUCUUCUCUUAGACUUUGGAAAUAUGAUUGCAGAUGAUAUGUCAAACUACGACGAAGAAGGAGCAUGGCCAGUUCUAAUAGACGAUUUUGUGGAAUACGCACGACCAGUAGUCACAGGAGGAAAACGUAAAGCUUCCUAACCAUAGACUCUUCUCAGUGGACUUAAUAAGUUUUGCAGUCUGAACUGCACCAGGUAAUGAAGACAUUUUGGCCAAUAACUGUGCGCACCGUCACUGGUUUCGAUAGUCGUGGUGGGAUGCCACUGACGAAACAGGAAUCACUACUUCUGCUUCAAGAAAAUGAUGGCUGACUCAUGGACACUGCAAGAAGAAAUUCAGAAGAUAGCCCAGGCUGUUUGUAGGAUAUUGGAUUCAAUUAUUGUACUGGUUGUAUCAUAUAGGAUGUAGAUUUUGCAUGAUUUUAUACUUUGGAGAAGUUUAACUAGAGGCCAUUUUAGUAAAAGUUUUGACAGCACAGCAUGCCAUUCAGUUCAUGAACACCAGCAGUUACAUAAUUACAACUGUAUUAUAUUGUACUUAUAUUAAAAAGCAGUAUUUGUGGUAUAUAAAUUAAAUCCCUAAAUAAAGUA